AUGUAUAUAUAUGUGGGUCUUGAUACAAGGGGCUCUGGAACCAGAAGGCCAGAUUCGCAAAGAAGCUGACUUCAAGGAGGGAAACUUUUUCUUCUUUCAGAGGGGUGCUAACCCUGCUCCACGAACCCGAGAGAGCUGCCGGCCAGAUUAAUUAGACAUUGCUAUGGGAGACGUGUAAACACACUACUCAUCAUUGAUGCAUAUAUAAAACCAUUUCAUUUUCGCUAUUAUUUCAGAGGAAGCGCCUCUUACUUUUUUUUCCCUCUCUCUCUCUCCUUUUCUUUUUGGUCCCUUUUUGCCUGUGUGGUUUGGAAAAAGCAGAGUUGGAGUAGCUGGUUCCUAAAUAAGUCCCGAGAGCGAAAGGAUACGAUGUUGCGGAGGCUGGUUCAGCAGUGGAGCGUCGCAGUGUUUCUGCUGAGCUACUCGGUGCCCUCCUCUGGGCACUCGUUGGAGGGUCUCGGCCGCCGGCUCAAAAGAGCUGUGUCGGAACAUCAGCUCCUUCAUGACAAAGGGAAGUCCAUUCAAGAUUUACGGCGACGAUUCUUUCUUCACCAUCUGAUUGCAGAAAUCCACACAGCUGAAAUCAGAGCUACCUCAGAGGCUUCUCCUAACUCCAAGCCUGCUCCCAACACAAAGAACCACCCUGUCCGAUUUGGGUCUGAUGAUGAGGGCAGAUACCUAACUCAGGAAACCAACAAGGUGGAGACUUACAAAGAGCAGCCACUGAAGACACCUGGGAAGAAAAAGAAAGGCAAGCCUGGGAAACGCAAGGAACAAGAAAAGAAAAAACGGCGAACUCGAUCUGCCUGGUUAGACUCUGGAGCAGCUGGGAAUGGGCUGGAAGGGGACCACCCAUCUGACAUCUCUGCGACAUCGUCAUCGCUGGAGCUCAAUUUACGGAGGCAUUGAAAUUUUCAGCAGAGGCCUUCAGAGAAUAUAUUGCAGGAUUCUGUAAUAGUGAACAUGUGGAAAGUAUUAGCAAUAUUUAUUGUCUGUAAAUACUGUAAAUGCAUUGGAAUAAAACUGUCUCCCCCAUUGCUCUAUGAAACUGCACAUUGGUCAUUGUGAAUAACUUUUUUUGCCAAGGCUAAUCCAAUUAUUAUUAUCACAUUUACCAUAAUUUAUUUUUUUGUCGACUGAUGUAUUUAUUUUGUAAAUGUAUCUUGGUGCUGCUGAAUUUCUAUAUUUUUUGUAACAUAAUGCACUUUAGAUAUACAUAUCAAGUAUGUUGAUAAAUGACACAAUAAAGUGUCCCUAUUUUGUGGUUAAUUUUAAUGAAUGCCUAAAUAUAAUUAUCCAAACUGAUUUUCCUCUGUGCAUGUAAAAAUAGCAGUAUUUUAAAUUUGUAAAGAAUGUCUAAUAAAAUAUAAUCUAAUUACAUCAUGACUCAGUGGGUAAAUUAUAUCCUUUAAGAUUUCUAGGAGAAGGAAUGUGAUGUAAUUUUUUUUUAACUGCAUUUGAAAAUGGUCUCAAGCUUCAUAUGUUUAUAUUGGUACAUAUUCCAACACUUUCAUAUUCGCUUUUAGUUCAAAACUGCUUAGAAUGUAUUUUGUUUAAUCUUUCAUGUAAAGUCAAUAGAAUGGCAGAACUACCUAGAUAUCAUUUUAGGAAGUACAUUCAAUUUGAGGUGGAGACGAGAGGGCAGAAAGGAAGCAAAGAGAAGUCAAGAGGAAGGAUUAAAGAAACAGUCUAGCAAGUCAACCGGAGCUUAACAAAAAGGAGGGGGGUAGGCCGGUGGGUGAGGCAGGAAGACAGGUCAGGAACUUGAAGGCAAGGAGUAAUUUUAACCACAAAUAAAGUUUAAUUUGAAGGAUCUUGUUCUUACUGGUAACAGCAAUAAUAAGCAUAAAAGAGCUACUUGAGAAUUCUGCCUGUCAAGAUUCUUCCAGAGAAUAAAGAGAGACUUAGGUUUGGGAGAUAGUAACAACUCCUCAAAAAGCCAUCAAAGGUAGGGAUGUCCCAGCUGAUUCUUGUGAGAUCACAGCUUUGGGACUGUGGUGGGUGUAAUACCAUAUGGGAGCUCUUUUCCUCUGAUCUCAUCCUAGUUGUUUCUACCUCUGUGUUGGGAUGAAAACACAAGCAUCUUCCACAGAAUUUUAUUCUUUAGCUGCAGCUCAGAACACAUCAGUUAAAAAGCCAACCAACCAACCAAAGCUAUGAACCAAGCAAGCACCUAUUUAGGAAGUAUCCUCUUUAUAGGCAACAUCCUGUUAGAUGUUUGUGGGAUGCACAAGAAGUAAAAUGCUCUCUCACAAUG